AAGAACUACUAUAUAGAAAGUAGAAGAAUUUGUCUAUAGACUAUAGUGAUAGUAUAGGAAAAGAACAAGAGGUCCAUAAUGGCCAUGAUAAUCAUGAAGUUCUUGUUGCUUUCAUUGUUUCUGAAUCUACAAGUCAUUUUGUCUGAAAAUAUGCCAACAACAGCUAGUCAAGAAGCAGGGUAUGGUUAUGGAGGUGAAAUAGGAGGGUUCUUAAGAAUAGACUUGUAUAAAUUUGCCUGUCCAGAAGCAGAGGCUAUAAUCUUCUCUUGGGUCAACAAGGCAGUCAUGGAGGACUCAAGAAUGGCCGCCUCUCUUCUUCGUCUCCAUUUCCACGACUGCUUUGUCAAUGGAUGUGAUGCUUCAGUGCUGUUAGACGACACAGAGAGCUUCGUGGGUGAGAAAACAGCAGCGCCAAAUUUGAACUCUCUGAGGGGUUUUGAAAUAAUUGACGCCAUUAAAGCAGAGCUCGAGUCUGUUUGCCCUCAAACUGUAUCAUGUGCUGAUAUUCUCGCUAUUGCUGCAAGAGACUCUGUGCUUCUGUCUGGUGGGCCAGGUUGGGAUGUCCAAAUGGGAAGGAAGGACAGCUUCACUGCUAGCAAAGCAGCAGCCAACAACAAUAUCCCAGGCCCAAAUUCAACUGUACCUAUACUCAUUGCCAAGUUUCAGAACUUGGGCCUCGAUCUGAGGAACAUGGUUGCACUCUCUGGUGCACACACAAUGGGAAAAGCCCGUUGUUCGACGUUUAGUGCUAGGCUACAAGACACUAGCAUACAUUCACCUCUGGAUUUCAUUGAAUCACUUCAACAACUAUGCUCUGGAUCAGACAGCGGCACAACUCUAGCACACCUCGACUUGGUAACCCCGGCAACAUUUGACAACCAGUACUAUGUUAACCUCAUUUCUGGAGAAGGUUUGCUCCCUUCCGACCAGGCUCUCAUCACAGGAGAUGAUCGAACUCGUGAGCUUGUCCAAACAUAUGCAAACGAUCUAUUCACCUUCUUUGAGGACUUCAAGAAUUCUAUGCUUAAAAUGGGAAACAUUGGGGUAGCAACAGGAAUAGACGGCGAGAUACGAACCAACUGUAGGACCAUUAACUAACCCAUCACGCCAAGAUGGGCAUGCCAGUGGUUUACUCAAUGUGGAAUGUUUUUAGUGCUUAGGUGUGGUGUCUGGUUUCAAAGCGAAGUUAAUCCAACUUGAUUAGAUAGUUUAAUAUCCA